UAUAUGCAGCCUCGUCUUUAUGCUUCUGUCUUAACAUAAAAAAGCACUGGGGACAAGUUAAGCAAUAUUCCACUCUAUGACAUUAUAAAGACUGAGUUUCUUAUUAUUACUUUACCUUUAUACUAUAAUCUUAGCAUAAUAAAAGACUAUUUUUUUUAAUUUCUCCAUUUCCCCCCCUGGAAUCAAGCAUUGCAACUGCCCGUGGGUUUUUUUAUUUCUUGUGUUUUAUUUCUCGUGUUAUUAUUCGGUAUGGUCCUUUAUUUUAACCAUGGGCAUAUCCCAUAAUGCACAGCAUUCUAGGAAUGCAGCUCUGCCGUAUUCUUGGAAAAAUGUUGUCUAUGUAUGUACCGCUUAACCAAAUUGUUAUGAUUUGAAGAAAGGCUUGCCAGUUUGUCAUUUAUUAACUUCUAAUAUCGUAACUUGCUUUUGGAAUACAAUACAUGAUAUUUUAUAAAAGGAAGACAAGUUACUUUAUUUAUAUUAACUGUUGUUUACUACUCCAGAUUCUGACAUUCAGCAAUGUGGGUGACGACAAGUUGAACUUAUCUAAACCCUAAAUCUCACGUAAGAACUUCAGUAGUGUCGAUUUUGUGGUAACCACAUCUUAUGAACGAUGAGUGCCACCAACUCCUCAUUUGCAUCACAUGGUUGGGGUGGACGUUUAAAAAAGAUGGUAAAAUUAAAAACAAGCAACACUGAACCAUCAUCAGAAUCACCGCGAGUUUUUGAAGUAAAUUUAAUAGAUGGAAAAACUAUAACUGUAGACUUAGUUGAGCUUAAGAAGAACAUAAAAGAUGGAGAGCUUCUUGUUAAGGAUGUUGUAAAAGAAAUCUGUCGUAAAAUGGAUAUCAUGCCGAAAUCUGCAGCAUUUUUUGGCAUUAAAUGUGACAAUCCGAAUGGCAGCUCCAUGUGGAUUGUUCAGACCAGAACAAUGGAAAAUUUAAAAGUUGAUAAAAAACAGAAGUGCUAUUUUAAACUGCAGUUCAAAGUGCUUCCAAGUUUUGAAUUACGAAAAAGAGAUUUAAAUGCGUAUUAUUAUUACGUGAAACAGUGUCGCAGCGAAUUUCGAAGUGGUUGUUACUCAAAGCUUUUAGAAGGGAAAGAUAAUGAAAAAAUUCUUCUACGAAUGGUUAUCCUUGAAAUGAUGAUGGUAGCUAAAGAAGAAAACAUCAAUUCACUGAAAGAUAUGUUAAAAAGCAAGCAUAAAAAGAUGUUUAAUAUGGAUGAAAUACUGAGAAAGCACAGUGAUAAAGAAAUUCCCAGAGACAUAUCUAAAUGCAAACAGAAGGUAGAAAAAUCCUUGAGGUGUUUUGAGAAAGUGCAAGAGCCAGACCGCGAUUUUACAACUGAAGUUGAGCUACUUCGUCACUUUAGAGAAGAAACAUAUCUUUUGCAGAAGUAUGAACGUGGUGGAAACAAAGCUAACAAUGUUGAACUGUGGAUAUCGCCAUCUGGAAUUUCUAAAAAAGUGCUAAUGUCAAAUGUAAAGUCAAGUCUCUGGGAUUCCCAAUACAAUAUGCUUCAUCAGUUUAAAGUUUGUGAAACAGACCCUGACAAGGGCAUUAAAACCAUGAUUUUUAGAGGUGAUGAACCACCUGAGAUCGUAUACUGUGCUUCCGAAGAAAUUUGUGAAUCGAUUUCUAGUUUUUUGGAUGGAUAUUAUCGACUUCUUGUUGAUCAGUACAACUCGAUAUUACAUGAUUUUUCUGAAUACCUUCAAUGUAGUCGAUAUCAUGGUCCUAUAGAAAGAGAGAUUGUUCCCAGAAUAUUGACAGUAAAAGGAAGGCAACAAGGGAACUUUUUAAUUCGUGAACACUCGAAAAAAUAUGGAUCCUAUGUUCUUUCUGUGAUUUCGGAGGAUGACGAAUUUUGUCAUUUACAAAUACUUAAAAGUGAAGUAGAUGGGAGAGUUAUUUAUUUACUUGACGAGUCUCGCAAGUUUGAUUCAUUGGAACAGCUCAUUGAGCACUACAGUAACGAAGAAAACGGGAAAGAAAUAAAGAGUUGCUUACGAAAAAUUAUUCUACCAAAACAUUCAGGAAAUGUUCCAUUAUACAGUGAUCCUUCAACAUUUCGACCAGCCUUACCUGGACGUAAAGUCAUUCAUACGCAACCAAACGUGAUGGGACCAAGCUUGCUAGAUCCUAAUCAAAUGACAAUGGAAAGACACAUAAAACAGGGUACUUUUGGAGAAGUUAUGAAGUCCCUCACAUAUGAUGGUCGAGAAUUAAUUGUGAAACGAUUUCCUAAUCUUUCAUCCGAAAUGCUUCACACAGUAUCACAGACACUAACAUCUUUACAACAACACGAAUCUAUUGUCCAAUUUCUUGGCUUAUCCUUGUCAAGCAACGAUAUGUUUCUUGCAUUUGAGUAUUUACCAAUUGGUACACUGGAAUCAUACUUAAACGAAAACAGGAAAGAAAUUACGUAUGGCACACUGCUGAAAUUUCUGAUGCAAUUAACAGACGCUCUAGCUUUCCUGCAUUCAGAGAAACUUGUGCAUGCAGACGUGCGCUUCAAUAAUAUAUACAUAAAAGAUGAAAACACGAUAAAGCUUGGAAAUUGUUGUAUAACCUGGAAGUUAGCUGGUUUCAAAAUGUUGGAUGAAAAAAUAUUCCAAAAAAGGUUUACUCAUCUCGCGCCUGAAAUCUUUUUAUGCGAUAAUGCUGAAUUCUCUCAAAAAACAGAUGUUUGGUCAUACGGUUUAACAGUAUGGCAAUUAUUCACCUUAGAGAAACCAUUCCGAAAUUGCUCUUCACAUCAGUUAAUGACAUUUUUCAAGAAACAAAUGGAACCGCAGUUUUUAGAUGAAGCUCCUCUUAUACAAUUAAACAUGAACAUUUUGCGGCAUUGUAACGAACUUUUGUUUGAUUUAUUUACACUAAGUUUACACAUGAAAUCUGAGAAGCGAGGAACCAUGCAAGAAAUCUUCCAUAAAGUUCAAGAAAUUUUAGACAAAGCUCCGAGUAAAGACAAGCAGAAAUGUUAUUUCUCUUAUGAUUGGCAAACCCGCAACCAAGAGAUAGAAGCAAAUUUGCGACUACAGGGCAUGGGACAGCGAACAAAGUUUCAACUUUCCGGCGAUUCUGGUUAUGCCACCGUUGGAACGUACAGUUGUGAAUCGCUUCCAUUAAAGAACGGCUCCGCGUUUGUUGAAAGUAACAAUAACACCUCAGGUGGAGAUUCAGUCAUGGAAGUAGUUGUAAACGAGAAAGAAUCCGUGAAAGCCACGCCAAAGGAGAGCGAAGUAGUGCAAAAAUGUUUGUUUCAACAGGGAGACGAUGCUGAAACAAAGAAAAUGGAAGAUGAACCCAUAGAAAAACUUGACACAAUUAAAAAAGAGAAUGGUUCAGAAGAAGAGAUGUCGCAAGAUAGCUCCUCUCCUCCCGAGAAGCUGGAUGAAAGCAUGGAAGUUGAACGACUAAAUCGCAAAACAUCGCAGUCGGCACCGUCGUCUCCCACGCGACCCAAAAUGUUUCGAUCGAUGUCUGUAAACGAGCCUAGUAAGCGAGACGAGCAGGAAUUCGAGACUGCCUCUAUUUUGGUUGGCUUAUCUCAAGCCAAAGGUCCACGUCCCGAGCAACCUGUCAGACCACCUCCUAAUUCGAAUAUGGCACCUGUUUUUUAUGUUCCACAGGGCUAUUCCUUGCUUGGAACCCCUGUGCGCCCGAAUUCAACGCCUCAUAAUGGCAAGCCAGUUAAACUUGCGCCAAGACCUGCUAGUCAGGAGUAUGUGCAAAAUUUUCAAAUGCAGCAACAAGCAGUCACAAGAAACUCCAAUAACAUCAAUGUUCCUGCAAAAGAGACGCCCCCGCCCUCUCCUCGCCCUGUACCACCAGAUUCACCUGACGCUUCUAGACGAGACUAUGCUACGGAGCAACCUAGAAGAGAAAUUGUAAAAGAUGAUAAGACAAGAAAAUUCUUACAGGAACGUAUAAAUAGGGAACGAGAUCGAUCACGCGGAAAAAGAAGCUUAUCCUUUACUGAAGAAUUCGAUGAAUAUAAAAACAACACUAAAAGAGCCGCUAAGCGAGCCUUGAUGGGCCCUAAUCCGUUUAACAUCGGAAUAAAACUACCGGAAGAUUUUUUAUUAAGAACUAAUAAUCGUAGUUACCCGGUUGUUCAAACAUUACCGAGAGAUGUAACCCGUUUUUUUAGUAAUGACAAGGACACGAUUAAACCCGUCCCUGCUGUCAAACCGAAGGACCUGUACGUGGACAGUAGUGCCUUGAAUCCGUACAUAGAGAGUAGCGCAUUGAAUCCGUAUAAAACGGAGCGAGACAUAAAACAAUAUCGUGACAACAUCUUGAGAAAUAAAUUUGAAACAAUGAGCAGUCCAGUUGAGUCUCACUAUGUGAAUCCAGAUGACAUGCAGACUGUAUUGGACGGAAUCCAAGGAAUAAAAGCGCACAGUCCUAUAUCUGUUGGCUAUGAAGAACCGAAGAGUGUUUUUAAUAAAACUAACAAUUCGAUCGCUGUAUCGUCCACUAUAGGUGUUUUUGAGAAAUUUUCUGGAAAAACCUCAAUACAAGGAUCCAUACGAUUUCCAUAUGGACACACUAUGCCAUCGGAUCCAACUCUUAGUCCGUAUAUAAUGCAUCCACGAGUGACAGUUGCUACAUCUAGUACGAAGCCGGUUGGAACACGCAAUGAAAUGAAAGUUCAAUUCUCCUCUCACGUUGUUUCGCCAAUGUACGCGCCUCCACAAAUUGCGUUGGCGACUGACUUUCCAACUGGUCGUGUUGUAGGGGGUCCUUAUUUUCCUAUUAACAGCGCUUUAAACCAGUUUCCGAAUCCCAGAGUGAUUGCGAUUAACUCGGGUCCAUAUACCAACCCACCGACGCUUCAACGACAAGGAGGUCAGCCGGCUUUUGUUGUUCCUUUACACGGAAUCUCGCCAUCACCUCGCGCACGAUGUUCAAACCCAUUCAACCCACCAAACCCUGUUAGCAUAACGGAUAUGAAACCUGACGUUAAAGUAAAAUCUGAGCCACAGGAACAGAAACCUUUGGUGUGCUCAGUCUAUGAACCUGCGAUGACCCGUUUACCAGCAGGUGGUUAUGAACCCAUUAAAACACCGAACGUUCCUGGUCCUUUUACUGACUCGAGCAACUGCAAGGAGACAUCGGAUACUUUGUUUCGUUACAUUCCUAGUAGAGACUUAAAACUGGAAGAGCCUCUUGGAAAGGGACAAUUUGGUGAUGUGUUUAAAGGGAAAUGGAUGUUUAAAGAUCGCAACAAGGUAACUCACCAGAUUCCUGUUGCAGUAAAGAGAUUAAAGCGAACGGAUGAACCGGUAACCCAGGAGGCUUUGUUAGACUUCAAAAGGGAAGCAGAAAAAAUGGCUGAAUUGAACAACGACAAAAACCAGGCCGUGAAGUAUAUCAUCAAGCUGUACGGAGUGUGUACAGACGACGAACAUGUAUUCUCUAUUGUAACCGAGUUGGCGUUAGCACCGCUAGAUAUUUUUAUCUCGUCACGCAAGAGAGAACUUAGUAUUGGAGAUAUAUUUCACUACUGUAAACAAAUCGCCUGUGGGAUGGAAUACUUGCAUUCCAAGAAAGUUUUGCACCGUGAUCUGGCCUGUCGGAAUAUUCUAGCUAGACAUAAACAUCUUGUUAAAAUUUCCGACUUCGGAUUAAGUCGACUGCUGCACGACAAAGGUUACUAUCGUAUCAAAUCGGAGAAUACAAAACUUCCUUUGCAAUGGUUAUCUUUAGAAGCCAUCGAGAAGAAACGAUUCACCCAGGAAUCCGAUUACUGGAGUUUCGGAGUGACAAUGUGGGAAAUGUUUACUUUGUUCGAUCCCAAAUACACGGCGGACCGAGCCUAUCCUUAUAAGGAGAUAGAGCCAAAAGACUUAUAUAACCAUUUACGCGAUGGAAACCGUUUGCAGAAACCAGAACAAUGCCCAGACAAGCUGUGGGAGCAUAUCGCAAAAUGUUGGAACGUGAAAACGAACACGAGGCCGUCAUUUUAUAUUUUUAAACAAGUUUUAAAGAAACUGCUACAUGAAAUGAAGUAUACAACGUGAUAGCACAUCAGUGAACUUGCGUGCUCUGGAACUGGAAUUUAUUAGGAGUGUGCGACUAAUUAUAUGAAAUAUACAUGAAGUGUUUGCCGUAUUUUUUAAAGUCGGAAAAAAAAUACCUUACUUUUAUUAUAACAAUGUGUCGUUUAGCGCGUUUUCCGAUAUAAAUGAGUUCGUAAAAUUUUCAAACUUUAGUUCUUAGGUUUUUUUAUCGUAUAUUCUUUUAUAUAUUUAUGCUUAUUAUUAAAAUUUAUGAAAAUGUACAAGAUUAUUUGAAGGACAAUAAUAAUUUCUCCAGACCCUAUUUUCUCGCGACACCUUUUGUCUAUCGGAUUCGCAAAAAUAGACGGACAAAAACAUAUUAGAGAAUUCUGGGUGUACGUAAUAAAUGAGAUUUUUGCCAAAGAAUUGUUAUUAAAUAAGACGUAGGUACCACCAAGGUUCAACAGCGACCUCCGAGCUCUUUAUCUCUUUUUCAUAACGAAAAGGAGAAAAAACCCUGGGAUCGAGGUUGACCAUGUUGGUUUAUUGUGCUAAGUCUACUGUACUUCGACAGAAACUCGUUUCCCGCUUGACACAUAAUUCUUCAGUUAACCAAAGUUCAACCUCGACCUCCGACUCUUUGUCUCUCAAAAAAAGCCCUGGGAUGGAUAUUGACCAUGGUUGAGUUCAUUGUGAUACGCCUACUAUAAUUCGACAGAAACUCGUUCCCGCUUGACACAAAUCUAAUUCUUCAGUUAACUGUUUGUAAGAAUUUAAAAUUACUAGGGGUUAAUCAAUCAACCCUGACGUUUUGAAGGUGACGAAAAUUAGGGGUUGCGCGAUAUCCUUUUGGACAGACAAAAUACAGUUAUUUUACGUACAUAAUACGUCUGGUUAAGGAAGAUUUGCGUGGUGACUGGUAUUCACAAGUUCUUGAAACUUUUUUCCUGAGCGUUUAUUUUCGCAAAAGUUUUAUGAAAAUACUUCGCGGGUACGUAUCUGUGUGAUUGGCCAAAUCCACGAAAUGGAUUAAUGCCCGCAAAAUAAUUUAACAUCAGACCAGGGUCGUUUAUUUAGAAACAGAACGGUCCCUUGCUACAACGUUUUAGAUCACAACUCACACCAGGAGUUUUUGAGGACUUACAUACCCAUGAUGGAAUACACAAAAUUUAAGCAUAGACUAACAAACGUAUGUAAUAAGCUGUUUUAUAUUUUACUAAGUAUGUACAAGUAGAUUUCAACCAAAAUAGGAUCAAUAUGAUCGUGUUUUUAUAAUAUCAACCGUUUAAAAAUAUUACCAACCGUAGGUUAUAUGCACAAUUUUUUUUAUAAAAUAUUACUACGCAAUAAAUUUAAAGAAUUACUUAAAAAGAACGAAACAUUAUUUUGUUCGUUCCAACAAAGAAAGA